GCUGCACAUUUUUGGUUCGUAGCAUUAGUGCAGAGCUUGAAGUCUGCAUUACUGGUAUUCUAGCAUUGAAAUAUGCCUUAUUAAUAAUCCAUCACUCUAAAAUCAUAUUAGGUGCAUUAUGUCAAGUAGAAUGAAACUUGAAAAAAACUAUGCUGUUUUUCUUUCAACUGAAAUAAAGUAAAAACCAGACUAGAAAAAAAUAAUGUAUCCAUAAACAUAUUAAACACAUUGUUGCUGAGACAUCUACCUGAUUGUUAGUCAUUACACUUCAUAAGUAUUAUUACUUACUCCACUAUUAUUAACAAGGAUGUGAAAACUAAGUUAAAAAAAAACAUGUAAAUAAAUCGAUACAAGUGAAUACAUUCUGGAAAAUUACUAGAAAUGAAAUAAUAGUUUGUAAGAAGUUUGUAGUUAGUUGCAGAGAUUUUUUUUCGCAACAGAAUAUGAGGUUUUGUGAUACAGUUCACUUUACUGAAAAGAAAACUUCAGUAAUGUUUUUCACAAGAGCUGUAAGAAAAGUGAAAGCAUAUCGUUUUCUGCAGGCUGAAUUCUGUAAUCUAUUUUAACCUCUAAACAUUCAUUUGCUGCUAGAGUCAGGUUAAUAUCGGUCUCUUUAUAUGAAUUUUUCAUCUAUUUAGCAUCUAUUUAGAAAAUCUAACAGAACAACAAUGAGGUGAAAUUUUAGCCAAAGGUCCAGAACAGCAGAAGAAUGAAAGCCAGAAAACAUUAGCCUGUAACAUGAAGUAAAACUUGGUGAGGAAAUUAACCAACUUGUCAAAUCUUUAUGAUUUAUGCAGAUUUGAUCUACAGUUUAAAACAUUCUUCUUUAUAGUCUCAACACAAAAUGCUCCCACGUCUCUCUACUGUUUCUGAUUGUCAAACAACAGUUUGAUUGUCCACAUAAGUCACUUCACCUAGUAUUAGUGCACAAACAAGUGCUAGCUGAACAAAGGAGCAAAGUUGUAAUUAUUAGCAGUUAUUGUCAUAAAUGUAAUGGAUAGAGGGAGUUUCCACUAAAUGUUUCGCUGUUAUAUCAGCCUAUCUGCUUUCAUUUCCUUGUUUUGGUGAACAUAUAAAUGCUGCAGAUUAAGUCUUCUUCCUGAAUCAUCGUACAACACACGCGAAACAUGAACACUCAUAAGUUUGUCCUGUGUGUGGCUUUCUCUCUUUUAAGUCCAGUUCUCACAGAUGAAGACUUUUACCAAAACUUGAUGAUGGAGUACAACAGCACAAGAGGCAACUGGACGGGAUUCACAGCGUAUUCAAUUGAAGCAGCAAAAUGGUGGAACAGGGAUCCCUUUGAUGCACUAACAAGAAAGAUCGAAAGGAAACUGUUGUGUACGGACAUGUUAGAUGCCAUCCAAUCCGUAGAUAAUCUGACAACUAUACCCACCGUCAAACUAAAAUCCUUGAAAAGGCCUAAUGGCGAGCACGCAUCUACGCUUGUGUGCAGUGCCUACAACUUUUAUCCAAAACAAAUCAGAAUGAGGUGGAUGAGGAACGGCAAGGAGGUGACCACAGAUGUCAAUUACUCUGACGUGAUGCCAAAUGGUGACUGGUGCUACCAGACUCAUUCUCACCUGAAGUACAUCCCAACUUCAGCAGAAAAAAUUGCCUGCAUGGUCGAACACCUUGGUCUCUCCGAGCCGAUGUUUGUGGUCUGGGACCCCUCCCUCCCAGUGGAACAACAAACUCAGAUAGCUGUUGGACUGUGUGGACUGGUGAUUGGAUUUGUUAUUGCAAUAUCUGGAAUCAUCUACUACAUCACUGUGUGUCAAAGACAAGUGUUCAUUCCUGUGGAAUCCCCUCCUGAAGCUGGAGCAACUUAACAGCCUGAGCAAACACUAUUAAUACGGGAACGCUCCAUCCAAGGCAUCAAAUAAAGAUCUACCACAGGACCGACCGGUGGGGAUACUUGCUGCUAUACCAACAAGGAAGGCUAAUAUAUGAGAAGAUGCAGUACCCAGAAGGUAAUACAAAGAAGCAACAUUCAGCGUAUGGAAGUUUAAACAGCUGGAAAAAUAGCUGAAGCCGACCUGAUAAUAAAUCCACAACGUCCACGGAUCACUCUAUAGACAGACAGAGAGAUACUUUAUUGAUCCCACAACAGAAAUUAAUGUGUUACAGCAGGAGGAUCAAAAGAAUAAAGAAUUAAAAUUUUAUAUAAAUACAACAAUGAUUGAAACAAAAAAAUCCCCAAAGAAAAUAAAAAUUAGGUUAAGUUAAAGGAAACGUAAAAGCACGACUGUGAGCAAUUUCAGAACAAACAAGAAGCACUCAGAGUGCAAACCUCUGCCACGGCCUUCAAUCUGUAUCAGUAUUUACUUUUAAGGGAAUAGUGUCACCUAAGUGGUGAACAGUAAGAGGAUAAACAAGUUUUAGUAAAAACAAAGGUAGCAUUGUGUAAAACAGGAACUGAUCUGUUUAAAAGAUGUUCAGCAGCACUAAGAAAUAAACCAGGUUGAAAACCCACAGGCGCUCAUUUCAGCACACCCGUUCUUUGUUGGAAUGUUAUCGCUUUCUGCCAAUCACUCUGUGGCCAAGUACCUUAUAAAGGCACUUAAUUUCAGCCUUACACCAUUUGGCAAAUAGUGAUGGGAUUUCCAGCUCUUUUUAGAGAACCGGCUCUUUCGGUUCGGCUCACUAAAAAGAGCCGGCUCUUUC